UCUAAAGUCUAGUUCAACACUUGCGCGCAAUACAGAUACCGCUUGACCCUUCAGCGACUCCAAGCUUCCCAACAGCCCCUCACGUCGAGCGCCUCCAUCACAUCCAAAUCGUCGACUCCCACACCACCACCAUGGCCGGGACCGCAGGCAUGCCUUUCGGCCAGGCACUCCUCCAACGCGCAUUCUCUCCCGACACCGCCGCCAUCCACUAUAACGACCGCAUUGCUAAGCGCCCGCUCCCAAUCCGAGCAACCUCACCAACCCCGUCCGCCCGGGCAGCACGCCGACAAGCGCUCAACGAGCGCAAAGACAAGGCGCGGAAGCGCAACACACAAAAGCCCCGGCCACUCUCCGCAGCGCAAAAGCGCAAACUCGGACUCAACGAGAUACCCAAGGAGCAGCAAAAGUACGCUAUCUACGAACCCUUGAACAACCUCUGGCUGGGGUACAUGCGCGAGAUCCUUGGUCUGAGCUCAGUCUUGAAUGCGAAAGUAUAUAUCACGCCGUCAAGCGCAGGACAGAUGCUCGCCAGCGCGGAUAUGCACGGCGCGAAGCUGUCUGUGGUGCGGAGUCGGUGUGUGAGUCGCGUUGGGUUGGAGGGGAUCGUGGUGAGGGAUACGAGGUAUACAUUUGAGAUUGUUACGAGGGGGGAUACGGUGAAGAGUGUGCCGAAGGAACAUACGGUAUUUAGGUUUGAAAUACCGUUGACGGGCGGGAGGGAGGGGGAGGGGGACAAGGAGCCGCUGGUUUUUGAGAUCUUUGGAGAGCAGUUCCAGACCAGGGCGCCGGAUAGGGCGAAUAAGAAGUUUAGGCUGCAUUAUCAGCCUGAUCUGUGA